UAUUUAGGUCAAGAAAGAGAAAUGGAGGAAGACGGCUUACGUCAUUUGUUUGAUCAAGCGAAAUUCGAAGAAAGCAAAGGGGAUCGUGGUCAAGCUUUGGAGAUGUACUCUAAUUUUAUUGAUUUGACGUGCAGGGAUGACCAAAUUAACUUAAGUAAAUCCAUGAAACAGAGGUUGGCUCUGGCCUACAAUAACCGCGGCUUCCUGCGAUAUUUACGUGUAGAUUUCGAUGAAGCCAUUGAGGAUUAUACAGCCAGUGUUAGUCUAGAUCCCGAUCUUAGCGUGGCUUACUACAAUCGAGGUACCAUACACUACAGACUCGGUAGAUUUGAUGAUGCCAUAGCUGAUAUGAAAGCUGCCCUGAUGCUGAAUCCAGAGUUCACAGAUGCCAGGACGGGACUAGAGCGGUCUAUGGCUGACAAACAAGAGAAACUUGAAAGAACCUGGUGAAGUAAAAUAUCACCAUCCAGCAAAGGAAAUAUCAACAGAAAUCAAUGGUCUGUGUUCAGUGUGUUUCGUGCUGAAAAAAAAUAGACGGAAUGAUUUGCCAAAAUCCACAAAGUUGGCAAGAAAUUUGUUGGAAACUGGUGUCAACGUAACCUGGUUAAGGUUAAAUGUGAUGAACUGGUUUCAACAUAACCUGGUUAAGGCUAAAAUGUGUUGAGCUGGUGUCAAUGUAACCUGGUUAAGGUUAAAUGUGAUGAACUGGUGUCAACAUAACCUGGUUAAGGUAAAAAUGUGAGAGAAACUGAUGUCAACAUAACCUGGUUAAGGUUAAAUGUGAUGAACUGGUGUCAACAUAACCUGGUUAAGGUUAAAAUGUGAGAGAAACUGAUGUCAACAUAACCUGGUUAAGGUUAAAUGUGAUGAACUGGUGUCAACAUAACCUGGUUAAGGUUAAAUGUGAUGAACUGGUGUCAACAUAACCUGGUUAAGGUUAAAUGUGAUGAACUGGUGUCAACAUAACCUGGUUAAGGUUAAAUGUGAUGAACUUGUGUCAACAUAACCUGGUUAAGGUUAAAAUGUGAGAGAAACUGAUGUCAACAUAACCUGGUUAAGGUUAAAUGUGAUGAACUGGUGUCAACAUAACCUGGUUAAGGUUAAAAUGUGAGAGAAACUGAUGUCAACCUAACUUGGUUUAGAUUGCAAUGUGAUGGACUGGUGUCUACAUAACCUGGUUAAGGCCUUGGCGAGUCGAAGAAAUAUGUAUUCAGCGAGAUUAUAUAUAGGCUAUUUAAUACAUGUAGAACUAAACAACAGAUAAAACAACUUGUUAUGAAUAGAAACAUUUCUGUUGUGUUUAAAAAUACAUAAUAUAUGUAAUUUAUGUAUUAAUUAAGUAAGAUAAAUAAUCGUAGUGAUGUCUGUCUACCAUUCUGGUACUGUACAUGUACAUGUAAAUGUAUCACCAGGCCGUCGAAAACAUCACGAAUACUUGCGAGACAAAAUAACGGUACUUAAAUGGCAAAAAUUAACAGGUCAUACAUGUUCCAUGAAUGAAAACAAUUGUUAUGCAGCAUGUAUAUAUAAAAGCGACCAUCUUAUAUCAUAAUUUUAUUUUUUUUGUAUACCUUUUCGUAUAACUAGUUAUUCCAUAAUAUUUAUAACCCAAUCGUUAGCUGUGCGGUUUGUAUCGCACAUCGCACAUUUGUGCGCACAAUGUCUGCACGGUGUGCGCACGAUGUUUUUGGAACGUUGUGCGAUCACACCACUGUAGCAUAUUUAACCCUUGUGACCUUGGAUGAAGGUCAAGGUCAUCCACUUGAACAAAUCUUGUAGCCUUUCAUCCCAGCAUGCUACACACCCAAUAUCAGGUCUCUGGGUCUGUUGCUUACUAUGAAGAAGUUGAAAAUGUAAAUUAUUUAUGACGUACGACGCCAGACAAAAGGCAAUCGCAAUAGGUCAACUUUGUCUCAGGUGACCUUAAUAUUGAACUGAUGUCAACCUAACAGGUGAUGUCAUCAGUUUGACCUCGAAAGACCAUUUAUCAAAGGAGUACUGUCGGACAGAACAACAUAAGCCGGUUGAAUGUCGUUUAGUGUGACAUACUAUACACCGGUUGAAUGUCGUUUAGUGUGACAUACUAUACACCGGUUGAAUGUCGUUUAGUGUGACAUACUAUACACCGGUUGAAUGUCGUUUAGUGCGACAUACUAUACGCCGGUUGAAUGUCGUUUAGUGCAACAUACUAUACACCGGUUGAAUGUCGUUUAGUGCGACAUACUAUACACUGGUUGAAUGUCGUUUAAUGCGACAAACUAUACACAGGUUGAAUGUCGUUUAGUGUGACAUACUAUACACUGGUUGAAUGUCAUUUAGCGUUAUAUACUAUCUCUUACUGACACAAGAUUUGUAUCCCCUUACAAGUGGUUAGGUGGUAAGCUGUAAUCCUCGUCUUUUACUACAAAAGUUAAAUUUUCUAACAGUUUUCGGAAUACAUUAUAAUCAAGUAAUAAUGGGUUGGUAUCCAUCUCGUUAAAUACAUACAACUUGAUAUCAUGAUCAUAAAUCCUACCAAGUUUCAAAGAAAUUGGUAGACAAGAGUUCAAAUGGGCCUGUAUCACUCACCUAGCAUUCACUUCUUUGACAAUUCUCCAUCUUUAAGAACUCAAUUCCAGGCCUUUCAGUUGAGCAGAAGUCCUUUGGGCGUUUUAACAAAUUUGACUUUUUCAUAUGUGUCAGUCAUUUCCUCUGACUUGCAAAGUGUGUUGGGCUUCUUCUCCCAAAUAUCAUGACUCUAAGCCUUACGGUUUGUAAGAAGUUGUUUGAAUAUUUUAACAAAGCUAACACUGGUGACCUUGAAUAUUGUCAAGAUGAUUUCUUUUUAAAAUUUGUGGGUCUCCAUCCUGGAAACCUUUUGGUUUUUGAGAAGUCAUUAAAAUAGAAUGGAAAUAUCUCUUCCAUAUUAUAAACGUACCAAGUUCUAUCUCUUCCAUAUUAUAAACGUACCAAGUUUUAAAGAAAUUGGACAGAAAAUUUAGGAGUAGGUCUCUGGACAAAAAAAAAAUCAAAUAUUAACAAAAAAUAAACGAAACG